AUGAUAAAUGGAAAUAAGGAUUAUAAGUAUACCGACAUGAAUUUGAUAAAUGAUUGGAUAUACAGUGAAUCUGAUUCUUGUAUUUACAUAUAUGGUAGUGGUUUAAAAUGCUUAGAUAUAUUUAGAUAUAAGGUUUUAGUAGUUUUUACAUUUUCAGGUGCUUUGUUUCAAACAAUAACUUUUUAAACAUAAUGGAUUAUUUCUUUAUCAGUUGAAGAUAUCUAUGUAAUAGCCUAUUCAAAUGCAAUGCUUUUAUGUUACGAUCGAUAGACAUUAAAUCUAAUAUCUCAUUAUGCAUCACCUUCAGCUUUGAAUAUUGUUAAAGCUGUUUACAUUCAAUAAUUUCAGCAAGUUGCUUUUAUUUGCGAUAGCUCAUUUACUGGAUAAAUAUUUAUUUAUGGAAUCAAAGAUUUGUCUGUAUAAAAAAUUUCAAGUUUAUUCGGUUAAAAUGGUGUAGGAACAGUAAUUGAUUUUACAUUUUAUAUAGGAAACACUAGAAUAACUUAUUUGGAUGAGUAUGGAAAUAUAAAUCAGAAUAAUUUUUUUGGGUCUUAUUAGUCAUAAGGAUUUACUAGAAUAACUGAAAUAACUGAUAGAUAAGAAACCCCUAUAGGAAUGAGUAUCGAUUAUAUAGAGGACAAAGAAGAAGUAUCAUCUUAAUCUCAAAUGAAUCUUUAUACAGUUGUUCAAAUUUAAAAUGAUGAUUAAUAAUCUCAGUUUUUAGUAUUAAAUGAUAAUAACAUGAUUUUAAGAUACUAAGACUAUUCUUUAGUUGUAGAAUUAAUUAUUGAUGAAACUAUUAAUAUGGCAAGGUGA